AUGAGCGGGAGGUCCUCCGGGACCCCCUGGAGGGUCAGCCGGGCCCUGGUAGGCUGCGUGUGGAUCUGCGCCGUUCCUGUCGUGGCCCUGGGCCGCUGCCGAGAUUCCUGUACCAGUGCUCUGGGCGGGGCGUUUGGUGAGAACAAUCCUUGCAACCUGCCUGAGUGGUGUGUCCAGGGGUGCCAUUUCUGGAAUUCCACAGAACAAGAAGCCUGCUUGAGAAAGUGUCAUGAUGUUAUCAACACUGUAUGUGAGGUCCUGGAAUUCAUAGGCACCAGUGGAGGAGAGGGGACAGUAUUGACCAUUCCACAGAUGGUCAACACGCUGAGAAACUCGAUUGCUUUCAGAGAGAAUCCUGUGAGCUUGGCUGUCACCACUCAGAAAAGGCCUUCGGAGAGGAAGUUCUGGGUCCUGAAAGGCCACACGCCAUCCCCGACGGCCCCAUUCGCGUCUUCCAUCGGAGCCCACGCUGUGACGCUGGGGUGGAAACCGGCCAACGUGGCGGGAGUGAAGUACGUUGUCCAGUGGCAGUUCUCCCGGCUCCCCGGGAGCUGGAGCUACACGGAGCCGGUGUCCGAGCCUGUCUACACCGCCCAGCCCCUGCACGCUUUCACCGAAUACACGUUCCGCGUGGUCUGGAUCGUCACGGCUCAGCUGCAUCUCUCUUCCCCGCCCAGCACCAGUUACCGGACACUGGCCACAGGAGUCCCCGAAACGGCUCCUCUCAUCCGAGAGCUGUGUAGUGUCAGCCCGGACGUGGUGGAGGUCGGUUGGUCACUGCCGUUGUUCCCGGGUGGACCAGUUACUGGAUACAACCUCAGACUGGCCAGCGACCACCAAACUUUGGACGCGGGGACCCAGGCCACAAGCUUCCAGUUUUCCUCCGUCUUGCCGAACACCACGUACAGGUUUUCCAUCAGGGCCGUAGGGCAGGUGGACCAGGGGCCGGAAGCGGAAGCAAAUGUCACCACCGCCCCAUCGUCGACAGUCCAGGAACAAGCACAGUGGCUCUUUCUUUCCCGAGAGAAUUCGCUCCGAAAGAGAUUCCUGGAGCAUUUUGUAGAGGAAGCACACUGUCUUCCCACAGAUGGGCGCAGCCAGAGAAUUACAGGAAUCGCUGUCAACGUCCAGCGGCAGCUCGUCUACUUCUGUGAGGGAAAUGUGAUCUGGGUGAAGGAUGCGACCGACAUGGGGGACGCUUCCGGCCUCCACGUCUUCUACAACGGCUCCGGGACGGUUUCCUCUGUCUCGGUGGACUGGCUGUAUGGCAAGAUCUACUUCAUCAUGAGUGAAAGGGUUUGGAACUGUGAUCUGGCACUUUGCUCUGUACCUGAAGACAUCACUCCGCCUUCGAUUGUGUCGCUGAAGAAGCUGGUGGUUGAUCCUUAUAAUGGGUUCAUCUUCUACCUCGUGGAUGCCGGAGUGUUCAGAGUGGACCUUGGCCCACGGGGUAGUGGGGAGGCAGCGGUGGAGGACGCCCGGCCCGUGCUAAGCAGCCGUGCCCUCCAAGACUUUGCCGUCAGCUUCCGGUCCCAGCAGCUCGUCUACUUCAACCUCACGGACCGUGUGUUCACGGCCACCGCUCUGGACGGCUCGGCCCGGCUGGCCCUGACCCCGCCCACGACCCUCGCCGACGUGAGCAGCUUGGCUCACGGGGAUGGGGCCUUGGUGGUCACCGACGGUCGACGGGUCUUCCGGCAGGAGGGCGGCCGGUUCAACGAGCUCAUUGUGGACUGCAGCCUGGUGGAGCCAGAGGAGGGCGGGGGGCUCGGGAACCUCGUCCUCCUGAGUCCGUCGAUUCAGCCUUACCCUCUGCCGUCACGGCCCCGGAGUCUCGUGGCCUUAUUCGGAUCACAAGAGGCGGCCAUUCGGUGGCGGCCUCCCAGCGCUUCCAGGAACACUGGUCCUUCGGCCUGGCAGAACUGGACAUAUGAUGUGCAAGUGAGUGGCCAAGCCCUCGUAGAUGGGGCCAGCCUCUUCCCCAACGUCACUGACACUCAGCUGGUCAUCUCGGCGCUGCGGAACAACACUCAGUACAGCGUCACCGUGAGAGCGAGGUCCCCCGCUGGGACUGGGCCCUGGGCAGAGCCCUUUGUGGGCACCACCCUCAAGCCAGCCGUGGAAACGCCCUUCAUCCUGGCCGUGGGACCCGACGGUCUGUGGCAGCAACCGCUAACUGGCUUCGGUCCGGGAGAACUCCUGUCAUCCGAAAUCAGAAAUGUCUCAGGUCUGGACUGGCACGGAGGCACCCUCUUCUACAGCGACUCCUCAGGCAACGUAUGGCAGUGGAGGCCGGAGGGGGCAGCUGGAGGUCCGGUGAAGGAUCGCGUCCCUGGCAUUACGGGAGCAGGGGCUCUGGCCUUCGAGUGGAUGGGCCAACACCUCUACUGGGCCAGCAAGGCCAACUUGAUCCAACGGCGGUCCUUCCGCACUGGCCGGAGGGACACGGUGGUCCGGGCCAGGUUCUCCGUCAACGACCUGGCAGUGGACUCGUCCAGGGGCUAUCUCUACUGGACCACGGCCCGCUCCGUGGAGAGCGCCCGGCUAAAUGGAGAAGACUCCCUGGUGCUCCAGCUGCAACCCCCGUUUUCGGACAAACAGGUGAUGGCUUUAACCCCCAACCUUGGCGGUGGACUCCUCUAUUGGCUCGUGCGGGACAACCAGUGCACACACCUGUACAGUGCCCCUCUGCGUGGCAAGGAAGUGGAGGGGGCCAACGUGACCAAAUUUGCCCAGUGGAGUCUCUCGGCCAUCUCCCAGCCCGCGCUCACCUACUACAGUGGCCGACUCUUCUGGAUCGACGGCCUGGGGUUCCUCACCUCCCAGGAAGUCGCCCAGAACACCGCCGUCCCCGUGUCAGACCCAGCCGAGUUUUCCCGGUUGACGCUGGUCCACCAGUCCCUCAGACCGCUGCCAGGAAACGUUUCCUCCAGGCCAGAGGUCAUCCCCAGCUCCGUUCCGGCAUCCUCAUUUCGGAUCGAUGGGAAUGCUUCCAGCUUUCGGGUCCUGUGGAGCGCCCCCCCGCCUCUAGGAUGGGGUGCCAUUUUCUACUGCGCGGAGCUUGGCGCUCAUCCCGGGGGUUCAGCAGGGGAGAGCUGUACCGCGCCCCUGAGCGAGCCGGUGCUCAUCUUGGAAGGCCUGGCACCCUACAGCCCCUUUCUCCUUUCCGUCACCCCGUACUCUUAUUGGGGAAAGGGACCCCAGACGACUGUUACCCUCAGAGCUCCUCAGUCAGUGCCAUCCGCACCUGAAAACCCCAGAAUAUUCACAGUCUCUCGUCGUGGAGACAAACACUUGAGGGAGGCCGGGCUGGAAUUCAGGUGGGACAAGCCGAGGCAGGACAACGGUGCUUUGGAAAACUUUGAGAUUUUCUACCAACUGUCUGGCCCAAAAGAUGCCAAUGAGAUAACAAGAGGCUGGGUUGUGGCCAACGUCAGCUCCCCAGGGACGACCUUCAGACUGGAGGACGUGGGUCCCGAGCACAUCAUCCGAUUCCAGAGGCUGGAGCUGGAUUGCCACAGGCCAGAGGCCAGUACCGAGGUGGUGCCGACCACAGGCCACCGACUGGUGCUGAGGGAAUUUGAGGGAAAACCUAAAGGCCUCUUGCAUAUCAAUGCAGAGGUGCGCCUGUUCUGCCAGAACACCCUUGUGGUGAAGGGGCCGGAACGCCCUGUGGUGAAGGCAGCCUCAGAGGGCCACCUGGUACACGCAGAUCUCUUAAUCGCCGUGUUCGGGCAAGCCGGCCCUCAAAUUUCAGCAUUAGUCAAAUUUGGCUCGGUACGGGCGUUCACCUGUGUGGGACCGGGCCCGUUUUCGGAAGUGGCAGAGUUCAACACAUCAGAGACCCACCUGGUUCCACACCUUGUCACUGUGCAUGGCGACCAGUUGGCCCUGCUAGACACUGACCAGCACCAAACCAUGUGGUCCGUGCAGGCUAAAGAAGCCAUUGGGACCGUGGGAUACCUUGCAGACAAAGAGACGGUUUUUGUGACCUGUGGGGGGUCCCUUCUGCUGCUGCAUGUGCACAACAAUGUCACAUCAGAGCUCUUCGAGGGCGCCCUGGUCCAUGACACUACAGCUGUGGCAGUGGACUGGAUCUCUCGGCAUCUCUUUCUGGCUUGGAAAACGGUCCGGAACGAAACGCAGAUAUGGGCCAUUGAUCUGGAACGCAGGGUGAAAUCGCUUAGGGAUUUGGAGAUUCGACUUGGCUCCAAGAAUUCAACUGUGGUUUCUUUCUCCGUUUAUCCUUUCCUCAGCCGCCUGUAUUGGACCGAAGCCUCAGAGCUGGGCCAUCAGAUGUUCUACCACGACAUAGCCAGGGGCACUCAGCACCGGAUCCUGGGACACCCAGUUGGCACUCCUGCACCGGGCCGGUGUCGCGUAGCCGCCCCCGAACUGGGCGGCGCGCUGGCCAUCGACAGCUCGGACCCACUCCAGCCGCUGAUCUACUUCAUCCGGGGCCGGCACGAGGUCUGGGCCACUGACCCGGAAGGGGGCCGGUGCCAGGAAGUGGCCAGAGGGCUGGCGCUGCCAGAGCAGGCGAUCAGCAGCGUGACGGUGGACGAGCAGUUCCUGUACUGGACGGUCGAGGUGCCGGACGGCACGGUGAUUUAUCAGGCGGACAAGAGGGGCGGGACCCUCCGCUCUCACCUGGCCACCCCCGGUUGGCAGAGGAUCCUGGCCUCCAGCCCAGCGCUGCAGCCUCUCCCAGAGAAGGCCUGCGUCGACCUCGUGCCCAGCCUCAAGAAGCCGACUGUGCUCUCCACGACCAACACCAGCCUCAAGCUGCUCCUGCCCCCGGCAGUGGCCCGACGUCCAUGCCCGGGCAUAACCGGCCCCACGCCCACAUACUUGGUGCAUUAUGGCCUAGUGACUGAUAACCAGCAGCCGGAACCCAGAACCCAGGAAUUCCAAGAGCCGAUAGCCCUUCUGGAAGGCUUAAACCCAUUUUCCAAUUACACGAUCCGGGUGACUGUAAUGAACUAUUUCUCCGACCCACACGAGGAGCCCCCGCUGGGAGAAGAGAUCCAAGGCACCACACAACAAGGAGUCCCGGGAGCCGUGGACUCCGUCCGUGCCGCCGCUCUGUCGGAUACAAGCAUCGGGGUGUCCUGGGGUGCCCCCCGGCUGCCCAACGGGCCUCGGGCAUCUGUGCGCUACCAGAUUGCCGUGGACCGCCUCCCACCCAGCCCAGAGAUCCCACUCAACCGAAGCCUGUUGCCAGGAGGGAGACUCACCUGGGCCAUUCGCCACCUGUCCAGUGGGAGACGCUACCAGCUCAAGGUUCUUGCCUGUCACCCAGAGGAGCCGUGGUGCACCGAGAGCCCCGUCGUGGCCGCAGAGACUGCCCGGGCCCCAGAGCGGCCUCUCCUCCUCCUGUUGGGGAACACCAGUCUGCAGCUGGCCUGGAAGGCGCCUGCUGCCAACCUCACCGCCUUCUGGUUUGAACUCCAGAAGUGGGAAUACCAGGAGAGAUUCCGAGCCAACGCCAUGUGCUCGCCGGGCCCCGAGCACACCUGCACCAUCACGGGUCUCCGCCCCAGCACCGGCUAUGGCCUCCGGGUCUUCGUCGAGUUCGUCGGGGGCGCAAAAAGCGCUUCCCCUUCAGCGUCAUUUAAGACGACGGCUGGCGUUCCAGAGAGGCCGGGGAUCCCGAAACUGCUUGAGGGGAAUAAGAAUUCAGUCCAGUGGAAAGAGGCAGAAGACAACGGCAGCAAUUUAACCUACCACCUUCUGGAGAUCAGAAAAAUCAUUAACAACAACAAUAAUAAUACUAAUUGUGCCUGGGCGGUGGUGUUCAACGGCUCGUGCCAAGGGAUUUGCACCUGGAAGUCCCAGCACCGCAGUGGCGUAUUCCAAUUCCGAGCCGCUGCGGCCAACCGACUGGGCCUUGGAGAAUACAGCGGCAUCAGCGAGGAUAUUUCCUUGGUAAAAGAUGCCUUUGGAGUUCCAGGGGAGAGCGUCAUCAUCGUUGCCGUGAUCAGCGGGCUCUUGGGGGCCGUCUUCCUGUUGACCUUUGUCUGGUACAGGAAGGGGAGGAGCCGAAAGCUGCCUCCAUCCAAUCCGAUGGUUCUCGUCCAGGAAGACAAGGAGCUGGCUGACCUCAGGGGCAGGGACAAUGUCGGGCUGGCCAAGGCCUGCUACGCAAUUCAGACUCUUCCUACCAGGCAUGAGAUCGAGUGCCUUCCCGCCUUUCCUCGGGACCAACUGACCCUGAAGCUCCUCCUGGGCAGUGGGGCCUUUGGGGAAGUGUAUGAAGGGACAGCGUUGGACAUCCUGGGCGAAGGCAGCGGGGAGACCAAAGUGGCUGUGAAGACCCUCAAGAAAGGUGCGACGGACCAGGAGAAAAUGGAAUUCCUCAAGGAGGCUCACUUAAUGAGCAAAUUCGACCACCCCAACAUCCUGAAGCAGUUGGGCGUCUGCCUGUUCAACGAGCCUCAGUACCUGAUCCUGGAGCUGAUGGAGGGCGGCGAUCUCCUGACGUACCUACGCAGGGCCCGUGUCCCCACGUUCCAGGCUCCUUUGCUCUCACUGGUUGACCUUGUGGAGCUGUGUGUAGACAUUUCUGAAGGCUGUGUCUACUUGGAGAAGAUGCACUUCAUUCACAGGGACCUGGCCGCCCGGAACUGUCUCAUGUCGGUGAAGGACUAUGGCAGCCUCUCCCGGAAGGUGAAGAUUGGGGACUUCGGCCUCGCCCGAGAUGUCUACAAACAGGAUUAUUACAGGAAGAGAGGGGAAGGCUUGCUCCCCAUCCGCUGGAUGGCCCCGGAGAGUUUGGUGGAUGGCAUAUUCACCACCCGGUCUGACGUCUGGGCUUUUGGAGUUCUGGUCUGGGAAAUCCUAACUCUGGGCCAUCAGCCUUACCCUGGCCAGUCCAACCUGGAGGUUUUGCACUUGGUCCAGACCGGAGGAAGACUGGAGAAACCAAGGGCUUGUCCCAGCAGUCUGUGGGACUUGCUGUCUCAGUGCUGGGCGGAUGACCCCUCACAGAGACCCUCUUUCGGACAUCUCCGGGACAGCCUACGGAACCUCCAGGCCUCUCCCCUGGACCAGCCUUCCAGGGGUGGAGAUACGGGGGCCCCUCGAGGGGUGGCGAACGAGGCCUUCGAAGGUAGCUUCUCUGCUAUUGGCUCCAGGGUGUAA